GCUCAACCCGCAACGUUCUUUCCCGAACACAACUCCUGCCACGCAAAAGCUUCGACCUGUGAGCAGCACUCGAUCAAUCAGCCAUUGGCUCAUAACAGACGCAAUCCCAUCUACCGCCACGAUGGGCAUCUUCGACUAUGUGUCCGACCUCUACGAGGCGCUGACCGUUCGCGAGGCCGAGGCCGAGGAGCCGCAGAAGGACGAAGGUGGUGACGAAGGCUCAGAAGAGAGCGAGGAGAAGGAAGAGGCCGAGGGCGGCGAAGAGGAGGGUGGAGAUGAGGAAGAGGAAGAAGAGGAGGAAGAGGAAGAGGAGGAGGAUGAGCCAGAGGACAUCAAGCCAAAGCUUGAGGAGGAGUGCCUGCAGUCCAAGCAGUGCGCGCCAUUGAAGCACCACUAUGACGAGUGCGCUGAGCGCGUAAAGCACCAGGAAGAGACCCACGGCAAGGCCGAGGAGGACUGCGUUGAGGAGUUCUUCCAUAUGAUGCACUGCGCGACCCAAUGCGCGGCGCCUAAGCUGUUCAGACAGCUCCGGUAGACAAUUACACGAUGACUGGACCUCGAUCGACAAGCAGAACUUCGAAGCCGCGAAAGCAACCGGCCGCGACCAGUCGAGGUGCACCGAUGAGAUGCAUAAACCGCACUAGAACCGCCUGUAUAGCAACCUCCAGAUACAUUGUACUAUUGUACUAUUUUCCAGACAGAUCAUAUCCUGGCAACAGCUUGUUCGGGCCACGGAGCGCCCGACGUCUUGCUACAAGACGGUUUGAGAGCAUUCGCUCGCAGCCACAUCUUGAUUCUGCAGCCUUGCGCAAUUUGUUCCGCUGGGAGUCUCGUUCAAGAGCUGUCGAACCAAGAGCGCGUCUCACCCGCGGUGUCAGUGUCAUGGUUGGUGAGCGGCGUCGAACCUUGGCAGCCAAUGUGUAGGACGGGACUAUU